ACUGCUAAUUGUCCUUCCUGAUAAAAUAAAUUACUCCAGUUACCUAUCCCGCCUAUGUUGUUUAAUUGGUAAUUGCUGUACUGAACUGUGCGUGUGUUUUGUACUACACUUUAAGCAAGAUCGAGUACUCGUACUCCGAGUAUUUUUUGAUCGAAGCAAAAACGAUUCAGCAUUUACUGUACUUAAUUUCAUCACUACGGAUGGACGUACCUGCACAAAGUAAAGUUAAAGUUGCGUUAACAGAUUAACCAGAAGUUAGAAAAUAUUUAUUCUUUUUGUGCAUGAUGUCCUCAUGUCAAAACGCUGCUAUGGUUUACCACAGGCGAAUAAUUUCAUUUCUCUACGCCCUGCUAGUUUGCUCCGGCCUCGCCAUCGGUGUCGGUGCUGCUACACCUGUUAAAAACUCAGUGGUCGCCAACAUUGCUACUCCGCCACCCAAUAACAAACAAAAUGCUGUGGACAUUAAUAAAAAACCAAAGAAUGACGCCGCGCCUUCCGUUGUACACUGGGGAUACAAUUAUCCUGAUCACCCGCCAUCGGCUACGGGAAGCGGUGCAGAAGAGGAACUGACGCCGGAAAAGUGGAAAGAGAAAUUCCCUCAGUGUGACUCAUCGCGCAAAAACAGUCGCCAAUCACCGGUCGCCAUUGAUACAAAAUCAAUUAGAGCAGGUUCUGAUCCACAGCGCGAUGCCCUCAAGGCUUCCAGUUAUGAGGAAGAACCCUCGAAAAGCGUAUGGAAUGCCGUUAAUACCGGGCAUGGCGUACAGUUUUCUGCAAACUGGGCACACACACCAGAAAUUUACGAUGGUGGUCUACCAGGCCAUUACACUUUUACGCAGUUCCACUUCCACUGGGGCGGCAUCAACGGACGAGGAUCCGAGCACAUCAUCGACGGAAAACCCUCUGCGCUGGAACUGCACCUUGUGCAUCGCCGAAGCUACGAAAGCGACCUGGAAGCCACACGUGAUCCUGUUGGAUUGGCCGUUGUAGGUGUGUUGUUUGAGGUAUCGAACCAAGAUAAACAACUCCGAACUGUGGAACCAUUUCCACCACAUCUUGACCUUCUGCUAAGUACUCUCAACGAGUUGGACCAACCAGAUGCAAAGCGAGAUCUCGUUCUGAAAGGCUUCCGGUUGGUUGAUCUUUUACCAGCCAAUCGCACUUUCUAUCGCUAUAUGGGGUCGCUGACAACACCACCGUGCAGUGAAGCCGCAAUAUGGAGUGUCAUGGCGACUCCCCUAAAAAUUCCCGAGAAAUAUCUGCUUGCAUUCCGGAAGCUCCACUCCAAGAAAACCAAACCUGGCAACACUAAAGAUGACCUUUUAGUCGAUAACUUCCGGCCGGUACAGCCUCUCGCUGGGCGGAAUGUUAGCGUAUACAUGCUUAGGCCGGUGACGCACAGCAUGCAGAGAUCCAUAGAGGGUAAUCUGCGCCCCAUCAACAUCUCCCGACAACUCAGCAUCCCAGAGGAACAGCAUGCACCAGAUGUGUUUGUGUUCUAAUUAGUGAAACAAUGAAUCCCUUACUAGAACGCCGAAACACAAUGCUAAAACCAGCAUGCUAUGUAAUACCAGCAUGUUAAACGAUAAUUCACUAUGAUUCAUAAAAAUUACGUUCCGAUUGUACCGUACUAUUUAGUUUACUGUACAUAUUCUCAAUGCGCAGUUGCAUUCGCGGCAGGCUGCAGAUUUUAGAUUAUCUAUUGUGCAGAGAUUAGGUAAUGACAACAAUCGGUAACGAUCUGAACAGGUAAAGCAAGCACUAUCACAGCGGCCAGCACCAACAAC